AUGGCUCCAUCCUCGUCCAACCCUGGCGACGACAUGUCUGCUAAGCCCCCUCAGCGCAUCAGAAGCAAGUCUGAUGCUGACAUCGACUAUACACCUCAAGACUUCUCUUCCGAGCAAGUCUCGUCGGGUACCCAAACCGAGCUUCCAGUCGACAACACUUCGACUGAUGAGCUGCCUGCCGUCGCCCAUGACGGCACGCACGAUGCUCUCACCCAAGGCACCGAGUCUGAAGACGAUACCAGCUCCGAGGGAUCCUCGGACACUGUCCGACCAGCUCCCAGCGAGCAGGUCUGGUUCAGAGGUACCUUGGUGACUCCCGAGAAUGCCCAGGCCCUCUUCCAACCUUCGGCAUGCAUCUUUGUGGCCAACCUAGAUCGUACUCGCAGUGGAAACGAUCUCACUGAGGCAGUUCAGAACCUCUUUGCACAGAUCGGACCCUGCUGGGUCAAGGUUCGCUUUGACAAGAAGAACAUCCCAGCAGCCUUCGUGCAGUACCAGACCGACGAGGAAGCCAUCGAAGCUGAUGCCCAGCUCCAUGGUGCCCGCAUCUUUGGACGUCCUUGCCGCAUUAAGCAUGCCAGAGCACCUCGUACCGUCUUCGUGGCACGCCGUGAUCAGGCAGAUGUUUGUGUUCCUUUGGCCAGAUACUGUCUCGAGCAGUUCGGCAAGAUCGAGCACUUCUGGACCCCAUCUCACACCGAGAGGGCCAUGUACAACUUGCCCGCUGGAGUCUUCCUGAGAUUUGAGUUCUUCCAGCAUUGCCAGAUCGCUCUGAGAGCUCUCCGCAACCACGAGACUUUCACGUUCACCCUCGCGCAAGUCGAGAAACGUCAGCCUGCUCUUACCUCGUACAGUAUCAUUCUUCCCGAGGUUGUUCGCAACGCCAUCUACGUCGGCGAUCUUCCCUACGGCAUCGACAAGAGAACCUUGCUCUUGAUCUUCAGCCAUUACGGACGCAUCUCGAAUGUCGAGGUGCACCAAGCCUCCAGAAGUCAAUCCUCCCUUCCAUCCACUCUGUGCUCCAGUAUUGACCAGUCUCCAGAGGGCAUCACUUACGCGUUCAUCUACUUUGACAAUGAGGAUUCUGCUACCAUGGCUUGUCAGUUUCCUCUCACCUACGUCUGCGGCGAGCACCUUGCACGCGUCGAACCCAAGCGCCUGAAGCACAGACAGCGUCCUUACGCCGGUUACCAAGCCUACAACUGGUUCAGCAACCUGCCUCUGCCCUUCUUCGGUGACGGCAGACAGUACACCUACUUCGGGGGUGAUUCACGCUACACUCCACGUUCCUGGGGUAACGACUGGUCUCCUUACUAG